AUGGGUAAAAUGGUAAUAGAAAUUAUCGCUUUGUUGCUUAGCAUAUCAGGCUGGGUUUUAAUCUCCUCGACACUUCCUACUGACUACUGGAAAGUGUCCUCUGUAGAUGGAACUGUAAUUACCACAGCAACAUUCUGGUCCAAUCUCUGGAAGACAUGUGUCACAGAUUCCACUGGAGUCUCCAACUGCAAAGACUUCCCUUCUAUGCUGGCAUUGGAUGCUUAUAUCCAGGUGUGUCGUGGACUGAUGAUCUCUGCAGUGUGUCUGGGUUUCUUUGGGGCUAUCAUGGCUCUAGUCGGAAUGAAAUGCACAAAGAUUGGAGGCUCUGAGUCCACCAAGGCAAAGAUAACAAGUGUAUCGGGACUGCAUUUUAUUCUUAGUGGUGUCUGUUCACUGACAACAUGUUCAAUAUAUGCACACAGAAUAACCUCAGAGUUUUUUGACCCUUUAUUUGUGGCACAAAAGUUUGAGCUGGGGGCUGCACUUUUUAUUGGCUGGGCAGGAUCUGUGCUUUGCAUUCUGGGAGGUAGUAUUUUCUGCCUUUUAAUGAUAGAAGGCUUUAGCAUGCGGGAAUAUAAUGGCUCCACCUUUUUCAUGUCAUCUCAAAAUAAAAAUGUCAGCAGUCCUAAAAGUACAAAUGGAGAAGAUCAGGGAUACUCAGCCCGGCAGUUUGGAAGGAAUGCCUAUGUGUGA